AAAAGAAAAAUGAACAAGAUGAUAUAGAGCCCAAUGAUAUCCAAGAAGAAAGAAAUAAACAAGAUGAUAUAGAGCCCAAUGAUAUCCAAGAAGAGAGAAAUGAACAAGAUGACAUAGAGCCCAAUGAUAUCCAAGAAGAGAGAAAUAAACAAGAUGACAUAAAGCCCAAUGAUAUCCAAAAAGAGAGAAAUGAACAAGAUGACAUAGAAGAUGAUAUGGAAGAUGA